UCGGACCGACAGUGCGAAAUGAGCCAAGAAGACCCGGCCUGCUGUGGCUCCGGCUGUACCAACUGUGUGCUGGACGUGAAACCAUCCAAACACACGCUCCCACCCGAUGUGGUCAACGUGUUCGAUCGAACGUACAAACAAUUCCUGUGCGAGUCCGUUACCCCGGCAGCGGACAAUGUGUUCCGGUUUCGCUUUCGCUACGUUCCGGCUAUCGGUAACGAUCGCGAGCGGCUGAUCGUACCUCCCGGAUGUCAUCUAAUGCUGCGAGCGCUUCGAUCCGUCCUCCACCAGCACAAUCGGAAAUCGGUUCGGAAUCCGGAAGAAAACCCCUUGCUACGUUGGUGGGAAGCGAAUCCCGUCCAGCCCGGGGGAGAGAAGCAUGCAAAACAAUCGCUUCAAAAGCAUGACAAAAGUGAAGAGGAUCGGUACCUUAGCCGGCCCUACACACCGAUUGCCUUCGACCAGGAGCGCGGCACCUUCGAUGUGCUGAUAAAGCUGGAACCGGGCGGUGAAAUGACGAACCAUCUCGUAACGCUGUCGGCCGGAUCGUGCACCGAGUGGAAGGGUGUGUAUGGAGAUUUCGUGUGGACGCGCAAUCGGUACCGCCAUGUGGUCGCUUUCGUGCAGGGCGUUGCCAUAGCGCCGGUGUACAGCACACUGCGAUCGAUUCUCGACGACGAAGGGGACGAGACCCGGCUGACGCUGUGCGCAUGCUUUCGCAACCUUGCCGGUGUGCUGCUCCGGGACGAACUGCGCUCACUGGCCGGCUACUGGAACUUCGCGUACGCCAUCUACCUUUCCCGUCGUACCUGCGCGUGUGCUGCUGCCGGGGUGGAGCGAUGCAAGUGUCUCGCCGCUCGCCUCCGCUACAACGAACCCAUCCACGACCGGCGGCUAGCAGCGGCGGAAAUCGAAAAAUUGCUCCAGCGACCCCUAGCCGAAGGCAAACCUUCGCUGCUGGUGCUACUCUGCGGUACCGAAACAUUCACUAGCUUUAUUAAGUCUACCGUGGAGAAGUUGGAAAUAGAAAAUUGCUACACGUUUUAG